AUGGGUGUCACCUUCGACAAGUGCGAGACCCGCCCGGCCAACAUCGAUGCCAUCCUCAACGGCCUCGACAGAUACAACCCGGAGACGACCACGGUAUUCCAGGACUACGUCGCCCAGCAGUGCGAGGACCGCACUUUCGAUUGCUAUGCCAACCUGGCCCUGCUGAAGCUCUACCAGUUCAACCCUCACCUUCUCCAGCCCGAGACCGUCACCAACAUCCUCGUCAAGGCUCUCACCGUCUUCCCUUCUCCCGCUUUCUCCCUCUGCCUUGCUCUGCUCCCCGCCCACACCCAGCCCUUCCAGUCCUCCAACCCUGAAGCCCAAGCCGCCGCCCAGACCUCCGACUUCGUUGAGUCCGUCCAGAAGCUCGCCCGUCUGUCUACCCUCCUGGAGUCUGCCCAGUACGCCCAGUUCUGGUCCACCCUGAACUCCGACGACCUGUACGCCGAUCUGGUCGCCGACGUCGCCGGAUUCGAGGAGCUUGUCCGCAUCCGCAUCGCCGUCGAGGUCGGCAAGGCCUUCCGUGAGGUCAACGCCGAGGUUCUGGAGCAGUGGCUCGACCUCCGCAGCCGUGAGGCCCUCGAGAAGUUCGUCGCCGAGGUCUGCAGCUGGGAGGUCGACGGUGCCGUCAUCAAGGUGCCCACCAACAAGGAGAACGAGGCCCGCAGCGAGGUCAAGAGCGAGCGUGUGGGUGUGGAUAUGUUCGGUCGUGUCAUCCGCAGAGGUUUCGAGCAGGCUGCAUGA